AUGGCGGUUCUCGUAUGGAAGUCGCCUAUUUUGAACGAGGUGUAUCCGGUCGAUACAAGCAUACAUGGUCUAAAACCCAUUGAGACAGCUGACACCUUCGAAAACGGUCUUUAUGCUGCCUCUCAGAAAGAAGAGCAGGACUUGUUCGAUGAUUAUAGAAGAGAGAGAACAUCGAAGGGACCAUUUAUUGCUAGAGUGUUUUUCCGCCUACAGUUUGUCGUCAUUGACUACAUUAUAGAUCCGUUGAAAACCAUCAUAAGGUUUGUGGAGCUCACAUCGAUAUUUAUGCCGGUGCUUCUCGCAUCACCUAUCUGCUGGUUUGGAAAGAAAGACAGAAAGACAGGCACUUAUGUCAGAAGCGGAGCCAAGCUUUGGUUCAGAUACUUAAGAUGGGCCUCUGAGGCUGCUGGCGCUUCUUUUAUCAAAUUGGGCCAGUGGGCUGCUUCCAGAACUGAUAUCUUUCCCAAGGAGAUGUGCGAGGAGCUCUCCAACCUCCACUCCAACGCAAAGGCUCAUUCGUUAUCUGAGACCAAGAAGAUAUUGAGCAAGAGCUUUGACAUGCCAUUUGAAGAAAUCUUUGAAGAGUUCCGAGAGAAGCCAUUGGGGGUUGGCGCAAUUGCGCAAGUCUACCUCGCCAAAUUGUCAGACAAGGCAAUUCAGCGUGCCAAGCAGGAAAAUGAUACCACCGUCCAGCUUUCGCUUGACCCAGCUGCUCACGAGCACCAGCAAUUCCUCGAUAAAGUCAUUGUUACGGAGCCAAGCAGCUUCAUCACGAAGAAGCAGGAAGUUGCCAUUAAAGUCUUGCACCCCAAUGUGGAAGUGAAGAUCAACCGUGACUUAAAGAUUAUGAGUUUCUUCGCUUCCGUGAUCAACGCUAUUCCCACAAUGGAGUGGCUCUCUCUUCCUGACGAAGUGGAGCAGUUUUCCAUAUUGAUGAGAUUACAAUUAGAUUUGAGAAUCGAAGCCCUCAAUCUAGCAAAAUUUAGACACAACUUCAAGAACCGUUUGGACAUUCACUUUCCAAAGCCUUUCUUGAAUUUCAGCACAAGGGAUGUUCUUGUGGAAGAGUACAUUGACGCAAUCCCUUUAAGCAAGAUGCUUGACCUCAAGGAGAAUUUCGGAAAAAAUCUUUCUAAAGAAAUCAGUGACAAAGGUCUCGAUGCAUUUUUACAGAUGCUUAUCUUGGACAAUUUUGUUCAUGCCGAUCUUCAUCCAGGUAACAUGCUUAUCAGGUUCUACAAAAAUAAGUUGUACCGCCACGAGAAGGAGUAUAAGAUUGUGAAAACCAGUAACGAAGAAGAGACCAAUCGGAUCACAGAAGAUCUUCUUGCAUUGGGCGAUGAUAGACAGGCCUGGGUGAAGAGGCUUGAAGAACUCUAUGACCUGGGAUACCAUGCAGAGAUCUGCUUCCUUGACGUUGGUCUCAUUACCGAAUUGAAUCACACUGAUCGUGUCAAUUUUAUUGACUUGUUCAAAGCAUUGUCCGAGUUCGAUGGUUACCUCGCCGGCGAGUUGAUGGUGGAACGUUCAAGGACACCGGAAACUGCCAUCAACAAGGAAAUCUUUGCUUUGAAAGUCGAGAAGUUGGUUGACCGCAUGAAACAAAGAACGUUUGCUUUGGGCAACAUUAGCAUUGGCGAUCUCUUAGACCAGGUGCUUGGGAUGGUGCGCUCGCAUCACGUCAGAAUGGAGGGAGACUUUAUCACCGUCAUAGUGGCUAUUCUACUUUUGGAGGGUAUCGGAAGACAACUUGACCCUGGACUAGAUUUAUUUGCAAGGUUCGUAUACGCCUUUGUUUUUGGGUUCCCUACGGAGAACACCUUGCCAUUUUUGGCACAAUGA